GCCGUGACGCGGCCUUGCCCCGCGCCCGCACCUCUCUCUUCCUCCCAUCGCCUUCCCUGCGUCACUCCCGCCAUCCUCACUGCUGUCUCCGCACCUCUCCCGUCCUCCUAUGCACCAACGUCAUCGUGCACCGUUCAUAUGUCCGCGCCCACCGCCGCCGCCCUUGGACACGACAAAGCGGACACGCGACGGUCGCGGCGCCGCUCGCCUCUCCCAUGUGUCGCGUGCUGCGCGGCCGCCGGUGACGACUCGCUGUCGUGUCCCCGCCGCGCUCCGUUACCACAACGUACUGCCCUCUCGUCCCGUCUCCGUAUCCUCCUCACUGCUCUCGUCCUGCUACGACCCACCACCAUCGUGUCCACUGUCUCGCUCCGAUCUCUCCACCGUCACCCUCGCCUCUCGCACGCUCUCGCUGCCUGCGUCCUCACCCCGCCUUUGUGCGACUCGCACUCAAAGCCGCCUCCGGUCUUUCGCGAGCCCGUGCACCGCAAGGUGCAUGUUCGGACCACUCGCGCACCUAACAUCCGGCUCGACGCGCUCAACCGUAUCUUCACACACGUCGUAUGAAUGUUUGUAAGUGCUUGCGUUGACAGGUUAAGUCAGUUGUGCCCUCUAGUACCUGCGUGCUGAAUGCCGGUCUGUUAACCACGAUGUGAUGUACAGUACUAUAGCUCGAUGUUGCAAUUGAUAUUUGUUGGCUCUC